AUGAGUACUAGCACCAGCAAUAACGCAGGCGAAGAGAAGAAGGUUACUCUGAAAAGCUGCGACGAUGUUGAGUUCAAAGUCGACAUACCUGUUGCUAGUCGUUCCAUCUUGCUCAAGAAUAUGAUUGAAGACGUCGGAGAGACCGAUCAAUCAAUUCCUCUUCCAAACGUCAAUGAAAAAGUCCUCGAAUGGUGUACGCAUCAUGUUAAUGAUCCUCAACCUACUAAUGAUGAUGAUGAUUCUCGCAGGAGAAACACUGAAAUUGAUGAUUGGGACCAAAGAUUCCUAAAUGUUGAGCAGGACAUGCUCUUUGAGAUCAUUCUGGCUGCGAACUAUUUGGACAUCAAGCCAUUAUUGGAUAUUGGUUGUAAGACCGUUGCCAACAUGAUCAAAGGAAAAUCUCCUGAGGAAAUUCGUGCCACAUUCAACAUAGUCAACGAUUUUACUCCCGAGGAAGAAGAGCAAAUUCGCAAGGAGAAUGAAUGGGCUGAAGAUCGAUAA